AUGCCAAAUAUUCCCGAUUCCGUGAUAGAUCCGGACCUACUGAAUUACCUGGGGCCAUCCUCGUGGCCGAAUGACUAUCAGCUUCAAGAAGGAUCACACACUACCUUUAACAAUUACAAUGAAGAUGGUCAGCCGAUAGGGGAAUAUAUGGACUAUACAUCUUACCCCGGGAGUUCUUAUGCGGGAAGUCUACAUUACGCCGACGAAAACAAUCUCCAAGCCCAAGUCGAGGACGAGCACAUCGAAGAGGAAGAGGAAGAGGGUGAGGAUGAGGACGAGGGUGAGGAUGAGGACGAGGACGAAAGUCAAAAAGGAAAAGGAAAAGAAAAGGCAAAAGAUUGGCAUUAA